AUGGGUCAAGUUCUGGAGGAUGACACUGGUGGAAAUUACUCUGUUUGGUUUCGUUGGGGUCGAGUUGGAAAAACAGCUCAAACUUCUCUCCAAAGCUUUGGCUCUAAAGACCAAGCUAUUUGGGAAUUUCAAAAGAAGUUCCGCGAAAAGACUGGUAAUGCUUGGCACUGUCGAGCUAACUUCAUAAAAUAUCCUGGUCGCUAUGAUCUCAUUGAGCAAGAUUUUGGUGCAAGUGCUUACUUUAUUGAGCUCCUUUUGCAUAGUUUUAUGGAAAAAUGA